UAGUGCAUGAUUUAUUUCUACUUACUACUUGUUCAGAAUGCAAAUUUUGCUCUGAGCUCUUACUGUAGCCCAUCUGGAAAAACGAGAUUGUUUAGUUUAUGAGAGCAAGCAUGUCUAAGCUUGUGCACAUUUUCCUGACUCGAGCUGCGUGUCAACCGUGGAUACUUGUCGAGAUGAGCAGCAAUAGUUUUGUAGAUCGCACAUCAGGUUAGGGUUUAUUUUGCAGGGUUUCCAGCGCGUUUUGGUCAUGGCUCCACAUCCUGUCGUCCAGGCUAUCAUAGACUUCACAGCUGGAGCAGCAGGUGGUACUGCUUGUGUUCUAAGCGGCCAGCCUCUAGAUACCGUGAAGGUGAAGAUGCAGACGUUCCCCGCCAUGUACCGUGGCUUCAUCCACUGCUUCAUGUCCACCUUCAGACAAGUUGGGGUCCGGGGCCUUUACAAGGGCACCAGCCCGGCGCUGAUCGCCAACAUCAUGGAGAACUCCGUGCUCUUUCUGAGCUACGGGUUCUGCCAGGACGUGGUCCGCUCUUUGUUCAACAUGGAGGCCGCCCGCGAACUCAGUGACAUUCAGAAAGCGUUCUCCGGGUCCCUGGCCGCCAUCUUCACCUCCUCGGUGCUCUGCCCCACCGAGUUGGUCAAAUGUCGCAUGCAGGCCAUGUACGAGAUGGAAGCCUCCGGCAAGAUCGCCCGCGGCCAACAAAGCAUGUGGACGGUGGUGAAGACGGUGCUGGAAAGAAACGGUCCGCUGGGUUUCUACCAGGGCUUGACGACCACCAUGGUGAGGGACUGCCAGGGUUACUUCUGCUUCUUCGGCGGCUACGAAGUCAGCCGGUCCAUGUUUGCACAUUACAUGGGCACAGACAAGGAAGGCAUAGGCAUUCUUCCACUUAUGUUCAGCGGCGGCUUCGGGGGCGCUUGUCUUUGGCUCCUGAUAUAUCCCAUUGACUGCGUCAAGUCCAGGAUCCAGGUUUACUCUUUAGCCGGGGUGCAGGAGGGCUUCCUGAAGACCCUCGUGGAGAUCAUCCGCAACGAGGGGGUCAGUGCGCUCUACUCAGGCCUCAUGCCCACCAUGGUACGCACCUUCCCUGCCAACGGCGCCCUCUUCCUGACCUAUGAGCUCACUAGAACUUUUUUAAUGGACGCAGCCGUCCCCUAAUGUCAGAUAUUUCUAUAAGGACUACUCUGCCGACUCCGGAGACCGAUGAGCGUUGUCAUCAUACUUACCAACCUUGAGACCUCCGAAUUCGGGAGAUUGGGGGUACAUGUUUUCAAGUAUUUCUAUAUAUAUAUAUAUAUAUAUAUAUAUAUAUAUAUAUAUAUAUAUAUAUAUGUUUGGAUGAAGAAGAAUACUGAGUUGCAUCCCAAGAACCCCACACCUACUGUGAAGUAUGGGGGUGGAAACAUCAUGCUUUGCGGCUGUUUUUCUGCUAAGGGGACAGGACGAUUGUUCCGUGUUAAGGACAGAAUAAAUGGGGCCAUGUAUUGUGAUAUUUUGAGCCAAAACCUCCUUCCAUCAGUGAGAGCUUUGAAUAGAUGACCAAAUACUUAUUUUCAACCAUAAUUUCAAAUAAAUUCUUUAAAAUUC